CUGAGCACUGCCAGUUUCCCCGACCAGCACGGAAAGUCGCGAAAGCCCCGUCCCCUCCAUCUCCAUUUCAUCCAGACUGGCCCUCCACGCGCCUUUUCCAACGCGGCCCCUCCGUCUGGGGUCCUUUCCACCCCUACAUCUUCGUGUCUACACCCCUUUCCCCCUUCUUCCUGAUUCUCCUGUUUGUCGCCUACCGCCCUGUGUGUCCCCCGACUCGGCCUAAACAUCACGAAACCUGUUGCCAAGGUCCAGAUACAGGCCGCUACCAGUCGCAUCCAUCGACAAAAAGAGCCCCCCAUCUCUCCACGUCAGUAAAUUAGCGCACUUCGUCGCCCUUCCCUGCGCGAAUCGUCAUUCACUGUUGCCAUACUCAAUUCCCACGUGUUUCCCCAAGCGCUUAACCGUGCACCGUCGCAUCCAGGCCGCCCUCAGGCCGCCCCCAAGCGUGUCCUUUCGCAUAUGAGUACAUUCACCACGCGCUAAACCAUGGCCUCUCUCCAGUCAGCACCCAGUAUGGCGGCUGGAAACAUGUCGUUGCCGCCAAACAUCACGCAGCAACAAAUCCAAGAGGUUUUCCAGAAAUUCAAGCAAAUGCAGGAGCAAGGCGUGCGUCAUGACGACCCCGAGUACCUAAAAGCCCAUAAUAUUCUCUCGGCCUUUCAGCGUCAACAAGCAUUUCACAAACAAAGGCAAAUGCACCAGCAGCACCUGCAGGCGCAGCAGCGUCAGCAGCAGCUCAAUGGCGCGACCCCAGAUGCUGUCACUGCGAACGGUAUGAAUGGCCGCAACAAUUCUAUUACCAGCGCUACAAAUGCCAUUCCGGAUGCCACUGCUACUCCAGGUGGUCAACAACCCGGGGGCCAGACUGCAUCCCAAAAGGGCGCGCCUGGCCCCAGCAAUAGUUUCUCUUCUGAGCAGCUUACAACACUUAGGAAUCAAAUCCUGGCAUUCAAGAUGCUUUCUAAGAAUCUUCCCAUACCGGCUCGCGUUCAGCAACAACUCUUUCCUUCGAAGAAACCCGAGACUCCUGCUCCGUCCGAGAAUGUUGCGGCAGCGGAAGGCGUUUUGGAAGGCGCUGCUCAGGGAAAGCCCGAGCAGCCUGCAAGUACGGAAGAAGCAACCCAGUCCAAAGAUUUCUACGAGACCUUCCAGUCCCCAUACGACAAGUUACCCAAGACCGUCAGCUUUACCGAUCACGCCUCUCGCGCUAAUCGAAUGCGCAUUCCCGCCUUGAUGCCACCUGGCAUCGACCUCGAGCAGGUACGCGAAGAAAGAGAACUGGUUCUUUACAAUAGGAUCAACGCGCGUAAAGCGGAACUAGCCGAGCUUCCGGCCAAUAUCGGCGCAUGGGAUUCUAGCCAAAGCGACACCGCCACUGCGGAUGACUCUCUAAAACUCAAGGCUCUCAUUGAGUACAAAAUGCUAAAUCUCCUACCGAAGCAAAAACUUUUCCGGAAGCAGAUUCAAAACGAGAUGUUCCACUUUGAUAAUCUGGGCAUGACUGCGAAUCGCUCGAGCCAUCGCCGUAUGAAGAAACAAUCACUACGGGAGGCCCGAAUUACUGAGAAGCUAGAGAAGCAACAGCGCGAUGCUCGCGAGACAAGAGAAAAGCGGAAGCAAUAUGAUCAUCUUCAGGCUAUCCUCAAUCAUGGUGCUGAGCUGCAGAACGCGGCUAACCAGCAGCGCACUCGUAUGCAGAAGCUGGGCCGUAUGAUGCUUCAGCAUCACCAGCACAUGGAGCGCGAAGAACAGAGGCGUGUUGAGCGUACUGCCAAGCAACGUCUCCAGGCCCUUAAAGCUAACGAUGAGGAAACGUAUCUUAAGCUGCUCGGACAGGCCAAAGAUUCUCGUAUCUCCCAUCUUCUCAAACAAACCGAUAACUUCCUCAAGCAGCUUGCCGCCUCCGUUAGAGAGCAACAACGAAGUCUGGCAGAACGUUAUGGUGAGGAAGACCAGUUCUUUGAAGAGGAGGAAGAAGAAGAACUUGUCUCCGGAAGCGAAGAUGAAGGUGACGGGAGGAAGAAGAUCGAUUACUACGCUGUUGCACAUCGCAUCAAGGAGGAGGUCCUUACUCAACCAAAUAUCCUUGUGGGUGGUACGCUCAAGGAGUACCAGAUGAAGGGUUUGCAGUGGAUGAUAUCCCUGUAUAACAAUAAUCUGAAUGGUAUCUUGGCCGAUGAGAUGGGCCUCGGAAAGACUAUUCAGACAAUCAGUCUGAUCACAUAUAUUAUCGAGAGGAAGAAGAACAACGGGCCUUUUCUCGUCAUUGUUCCCCUCAGUACCCUCACCAACUGGAACCUGGAAUUCGAGAAGUGGGCGCCGUCGGUUAACAGAGUGGUCUACAAGGGACCUCCUAAUGCUCGCAAGCAGCAGCAGCAACAGAUCCGUUGGGGCAACUUCCAGGUCUUGUUGACGACCUACGAAUACAUCAUCAAGGACCGACCGAUUUUGAGCAAGAUCAAGUGGACUCACAUGAUCGUUGACGAGGGCCAUCGUAUGAAGAAUACGCAGUCCAAGCUGAGUAGUACAUUGUCACAGUACUAUGUCAGUCGUUACCGCCUCAUUUUGACUGGUACGCCUUUGCAAAAUAAUCUUCCUGAACUCUGGGCACUGCUCAAUUUCGUUCUGCCCAACAUUUUCAAGUCGGUAAAGUCGUUUGAUGAGUGGUUCAACACACCGUUUGCCAAUACAGGUGGACAAGAUCGUAUGGAGUUGAGCGAAGAAGAACAGCUCCUGGUGAUCCGUCGCCUCCACAAGGUCUUGCGUCCCUUCUUGCUGAGACGUUUGAAGAAGGAUGUCGAGAAAGAUCUCCCCGACAAACAAGAGAGAGUUAUCAAGUGUCGCUUCUCUGCUCUGCAGGCUAAGCUGUACCGGCAGCUUGUCACCCACAACAAGAUGGCCGUCAGCGACGGCAAGGGCGGCAAGACCGGUAUGCGCGGUCUUAGUAACAUGCUCAUGCAGCUGAGGAAACUUUGCAACCACCCAUUUGUUUUCGAGCCUGUGGAAGAUCAGAUGAACCCUGGACGCGGGACAAACGACCUGCUCUGGCGUACUGCCGGUAAAUUCGAACUUCUGGACAGGAUCUUGCCUAAGUUCCGGGCCACUGGUCACCGAGUUCUGAUGUUCUUUCAAAUGACUCAGAUCAUGAAUAUCAUGGAAGAUUUCUUGCGUCUGCGCGGAUUGAAGUACCUCCGUCUUGAUGGAUCUACAAAAUCCGAUGACCGAUCCGAUCUGUUGAAAUUGUUCAACGCGCCGAACUCGGAGUAUUUCUGCUUCUUGUUAUCCACACGUGCGGGAGGUCUGGGUCUCAACCUCCAGUCCGCCGAUACCGUCAUCAUUUUCGAUUCUGACUGGAAUCCCCACCAGGAUUUGCAAGCCCAGGAUCGUGCCCAUCGUAUUGGCCAGAAAAACGAGGUCCGUAUCCUGCGUCUGAUCAGUUCCAACUCCGUUGAGGAGAAGAUCUUGGAGCGUGCGCAAUUCAAGCUUGAUAUGGAUGGCAAGGUUAUUCAGGCCGGAAAAUUCGAUAACAAGUCCACUAAUGAGGAGCGAGAUGCGUUGCUGCGGACGCUCCUGGAGACUGCUGAGGCUGCGGACCAGAUCGGAGACCAAGAAGAGAUGGACGACGAUGACCUGAAUGACAUCAUGGCGCGGUCUGACGACGAGUUGGUCGUAUUCCAGCAGAUCGAUAAAGAACGACAAAAGAACGGUCAGUAUGGACCUGGCCACAAGUAUCCUCGCUUGAUGUGCGAAGACGAAUUGCCGGAUAUCUAUCUCACCGAGGAUAACCCGGUUACUGAAGAGGCCGACGUUGAAUAUGCCGGUCGCGGUGCCCGUGAACGCAAGGUUACCCGGUACGAUGACGGUCUCACCGAAGAACAGUGGCUUAUGGCUGUGGAUGCCGAUGAUGAUACGAUUGAGGAUGCAAUCGCCCGGAAAGAGGCCAGGGUUGAGCGCCGACGGGUCAACAAAGAAAAGCGUACAAAGAAGACGGUGGGCGACUCUUCACCGGAACCAUCCCGCGAGAGCUCGGAAACACCUCAGCCAAAGAAGCGCCGCAGAGGCCCUGCCCCCAAGCGCAAGGCCGAGGAGAUCGUGGAGGAAACGCCUCAGCCGAAGCGGAAGAGGGGAAGACAAGCUAAGCCAGUGGAAACGUUGACUCCCGAGGACCGUGCUACUCUGCAACGGAUUGUGAACCACGUGUAUCAGGCGUUGAUGGACAUGGAGCAGGAGUUGCCGGCCGACUCAUCCGACAGCGAAGAUGGGCCGGUGACGCGGUCCAUCAUCGAACCCUUUAUGAAGCCGCCACCCAAGUCGCAGUACCCGGAUUACUACAUGAUUAUCCAGAACCCGAUCGCCAUGGAUAUGAUCAAGAAAAAGAUCAACCGUGAUGAGUAUCAGAACCUGAAGGAUUUCCGGAAUGACAUCCAUCUCCUUUGCCAGAACGCCCGAACUUACAACGAGGACGGCAGCAUCCUGUUCCAGGAUGCCAAUGAUAUCGAGGCAAAAUGUUUGACGGAGCUGAAGAAGCAAACCGAGGGUCACCCCCAGUUCGCCAACUACGACGACGUGGGAGCCCCCGCUGGACAUGACCAGUCCACCGCCGCGGCAUCAGGGGCCGAGACGCCUUCUGCCGUUGCGACGCCCAAGUUGAAGCUCACCUUCAACAGUGGCAACCGGGACAGCGCGGCGGCGGCGGGAGCCGGCAACGGCGUAAAUGAGAACGAGUGACUUUGCUAAUAGACGUUGGUGAAGACAUAGUGGUUGUGAUUUCUUGACAUGGUUUACGUGUUGCCAAAACUUCGAUUACCUGCACAUUACAUUCUAUGCUGUUUUGAUCUCUUCUUGAUAUGCCCCUACCGACUUUUGCUCCGUGAACGGCGUUAUGUGACCUUGGUGGCUGGGGAAGGACGAUGGCUGAUGGCGCAAUGCUCGACCUGAAGAAGACGAGCGAUUCUCCUUUACACUUCUCUUCGCGUUCCUCUUCGAUAUUCUAUUAUUACACCCGCUUUUCUGAGUUGCUUGCCGAUGUCUAGACGGGGCAGGUGGAGGAUCUUUUGACUGUCACUUCGGAUGUUCCUGGGGUGCCCGCCCGGCGAUUUUUUUUUUAUGAAGAUGACAUUGGUUGUAAUUGGAUCGUCCCAGAUGUGAUAUAUUAGCGAUGGUUAAAUGUAGCCCUACGUAAUGUACCAUGUUCGAUAUACC